AUGGAUGCCUCGGAUAUUGAAAAAUAUUUUGUCAAUCCUCACUUGGAACUGGUGAACAGAACACGAGCUCCGAGCCAGACAGGCGAGCCUCACGAUGAGAGCUCCACCAACCUUCGACCGACCACAGAAUCAGACCCGGCUGGUUGCUCCAGCACAUCCAGACCGCCGAAGCAUGUGAUCCUUGCUCCUAACGAUCCAUCGCCACUGAACCCACGUUAUCAUACCGUAAAUGUCGACCCCAAGACCACAACCAAUACCACUCCAACACCGAGGAAUUCCCAGAACAUGAAGGACCGGGCCAACCCCGCAUCCCUGACCAUGGUUUCAGAUUUAGAAAAGACGCAUGGAACCAAUACAAAGACGACUCGAUACCCGGGGUCUGGAACAGUUCAUACUACACAUCAUACUGUUAUUGACGAGGCUUUUCACCCUGCUGUCACGCACGAGACCAUUCACUCACACCGAGUCGAAGUCAUCCAGGAAGAAAUCACCCGAGACAUUCAUAUUCACCAUUACUACACGUAUAUACAGCCCAUCGCCGUCACUGAGAUCCUCCCUGCACGUCAUUUCCUGAUCAAUCCCCAAACAGGUACCAAGACUGAAAUUCCUGCCCCACAAGGUUGGGUCAUGCCAAAGGACAUGCAACCAGGCGUGCCUGAUAUGGGGCACCUGGUACCUAUCUCGAGGCAUUAUCUCGUCGACGAAGAGUAUCCCACAGGCAUCGACGAACCAGCUCCCGAGGACAUGAAGAGUUCGAGCGCCGGCUUCCUUGAGUCUAUCGCUUAUCGAAGCCAUCAGACUGUAUGGUCUACUUAGUCAUCUUCUUUCCUCUGAUCUCUUGUUUACUGGACCCUCGUGCACGACAUAGUUUUCCACUUCUCCAUGCGAAAUCCAUACCAGAGUCGACGAAAGGAUUACUGGCAUAGCAAAGUCAUGGAUGUCCGUCUACUGUAGAUCUAAAACCUUCUUUGCGCACUAUGGUCAGCAUAAAGACAUCCGUGUGAUGAACUUGGCACUGUCUCCUGUCUAGCUCAAAGUUGCCAGUCCAACUACAUAUUCGCCG